GACUCAGUUUUACCUCAGUUAUAUUUUUGUCAAAUGCAUUACCUGAAAGAAGUAUUAAAAGUGAUAAUUAUGAAGUGUUUCAAUUCAUUAGCUGCCUAAAAGAUGAUAACGGUUUAAGUCAAUAAUUUAGUCCAGUCCAAAACAACAACAACAAGAAAACGUCAAACCGAAAACAUUUCAUUUAGUAUGCCAUGGAUAAAGGUUCGAGUUACACCUACUCUGUUGCUGCAUUCCCGAGAGUAAAAUAUUUUCAGGAGAGACUGUUGAGCUUUACACCAAGAUGGAACAGAAUUUUAGAUGGAGAAUCUCUACAAGACUGUGUUUAUGAAGGAAGAUUAAGACAAAAGGAAAUUCUGUCGUUGGAAGAUACCAGUAGAGGCAAGAUCACUGUUAAUCUGUUUGUAGAAAAAUCAGUAACAGUCCCUGGCGCUCCAGUUCUACAUGUCCAGAAAAACCUGAAUGUUGUUGGUGAUAUUCAAGAAACCGAGCUAAGCUGGUCAAGCUUUAUACAUAGCCAACAAAAGAAAUGUGGUCCAAUAGUUACUGUUGUAAUGGUGUCAUCAUUGGAUGUCAAGAUUACAAGCAACUUGGGGACCCAGUUUUCUGGUUUAUCAGAUGAUCAGCUUCAGAAUAUGAUAAUCUACAUCAAUGACACAGAAACAAAUUAUCCAUACUGUGACCUUGUUAAAGUCAACUUCAACAUUGCAGAAAUAAUUUCAUCUGAUAGUGAGGAUGUUGACCGCUGUAUGUCAUUGGCUAAACAGAUACAGUUUAUGUUAGAAAAGAACUUGGUGAAAGUUCUAGAGAUGAUAGCAGAUUAUAACAGUGCACUUAUACCAAGGGGACUAGAGAACCAUGAGGAGGAUGUACAGAAAGCUGUAAUAGCAAAACUAGUAAAUAGUCUGUCAAAUAAAUUUGUUGUGAAAGAUUUCUCGCCAGAAAGUGGAAGAGAUAAAGCAGUGGUGGAACCAUCGGACAGAGAUUUAAGCAGACUUGCAAAAGCUGUUGGUGAUGGCUGGGAAAAGUUGGCACCACCUCUAGGAAUACGAGGUACAGAUAUUGAUGAGAUAAAACAUUCUAAUCAGAGUACACUAUCAAUGAUAUUGAAUAUGUUUUAUCGAUGGAGGCAAAAAGAGGAGAAACCAAGACUAGAUUUUCUUCUACAACUCCUAGAGCAACAUAGUUCAUCUGUUACUUCAAUUGACAUGGCUGAAGUUAAAGCAAUGAAAGCCGAAAUGUUAGUACCUUCAUCACAUUCAGAGAAAGAGGUCAUGUUCCAUAGGAAACUAAAGGACUUUGUAGUAAAGCAGACUAAAUGCAAUAUAUGUGAUGCACUGUCUAAAAGGUAUGGCUUAUCUGCUAACCUAGUCAAUGAUUUCCUCAAUGACGAUCUCUGUGGAUACGAGACAAAAGUAACAGAAAUGAUGAAAACCAUGAGCUUACCUAACUGGUCUCUUGAUGCAGUACACGAUUGUAAAAGUUUUGCACGUACAUGUGGCAGUAAUUUGACGAAGAUUAUUCAAGAAACAGAAGACUAUAUGAAAGCUAAGAGGGAAUAUUUGACCAUUAUCAAGAAGCUGCAGUUUGAACUGGUAGGAUUGCUUCAACAGACGGAGGUUCCUAUAGAGACACCUAUACCCGACUUGCCUAAACUUUCUAAUGAACUUCAGCAUGCUUUACUGAGUGAAAGCAUUCCAGAGGUGUAUGGAUGUGGGAUCAUGUGGGGAGAUCUCACAUUGCAUUUGACAGAAAAACUUAGUGAAGACAGUUUAAAACGAGUGAAAGUCCUUCUACUGAGACAUAGAUACACAUAUGGUUAUGCUACACAGCUUAUACAACCUCCAAAGGCUGCUGCGGGCUCUAAUAGUAUCAAACCGGGAUUAUCAUUACGAGCAGAGAAGUUAAACCCUGAACCAGGAGAUGAUUAUAACUAUGGCAGUAUUGGCUGUGUUGUGAAUGUAAAGUCAACAGUUAAGAAACAAGAUCAAGGUAAAUUACAUUGUAUAACGUGUGCUCAUUGCGUGCACAAAUGUAAAGAACUUAUUGCUGUACAUCCUGAACUUGGUGCAGGCUAUACAGCGUUUGGAAAAAAGAAAUAUGAAAUAUAUCGCCCAGAUAGCAUAGAUGUUGCUCUGAUAGAGAUUCUUGAAGAUAAAAUAAAACAUUGUUGUUCUGGUUUGCGGACAUCUGAAAAACCCAAAACACAAUUCAGUGACUCUCUGCUUGAACAGACAAUGGAAGAAAGCUCUGAAAAAUGGUCAUUUUAUGGUGGAGCAAUAUUGAGACGGAAGGUCUUCAAAUUUGGCAGCGCAACGGGAUUAACUUGUGGAGUAUGUAUGUGUGAUGAUUAUAAAACUAGGGAAAUUAUGGAAAAUAUUAAUCAGAACCCAAGGAGAAACUUUGACACAGAUGUGAAUAUCUUGAUUGAGCCUGUGGCAGACAACCCAAAGCCACCAGGUAGUGUGACAGCUAGCGGAAGUCAGGAUAGACAGCAAGAUCAAGUGGAGAAAUUUUCCGAGGAGUGUGAUAGUGGUUCAGUGAUAUUUGAUGAUGAUAUGGGGGAAAAUGUGGUUGUGCUGGGACUACUCUAUGGUGGUAUUACAGAGAAGGACAGUGGUAAAUUCCUAUACAGCUACGCGUCACACAUCAUGAAACUAAAGGAAUUACUGGAGAAAGAAAAUGAUAUAUUAAUAGAACCAGCAUUAAGCAGCAAAGCAAGUACUCAAGGUGCAGGCAUAUAAAGAUAAAAAACAUUUUGUUUCAUGUGGAUGGAGAUGUAUAACUUUAUUGUGACAAUUUGCCACAAAACCUCAACUCCUACAAUCAUUUCAUGAAAGAUUUUUUUGUUACUGGAAUAAUGUGCAGAACUAAAUCAAUCAAACAAUUUAGUUCUCAAAUCUCUUUUCAUAUAUGAAAUUUUAGAUUCCUUGAGUAGAAGAUGCAUUAUGUUCAAAGUUGAUAAUUUAAAAAUCUACUAUACUGUCUGUUUUUGAAUGUAAAAGAAACAUAUUUUGCAAACACACAUAGAAGAUAGAUAUGUUACAUUUAAAACUCUACUUACUACUGGUAAAGACCAUAAUUAUGAAUACAUAGUGUCAUUUAAAAAAGGGCAGUUUUUUUAGAAAGUACCAAAUUAGCUAGACCAGAAAUAGAGAAUCCAACUUCCAAAUAUAAUUGGUGCAGUCUCUUUUUCAAAUUACACAUAUUCAGAUGAAUUUUCAAGAUUUCAAUUAAUUUCUGCAAUAGAAAUAUUUUACCUAAAGUUGACCAUAGUAUAUCUUUAAGUAAAAGUGGUUGUUGUAUUUUUUGUUUAUUUGACAUUUAUGUACUAAAAGCCAAUAUACAUGUAUUUAGAUACUUUAUAUUUCUAAAUUUAGUAGUUGUUUUCCUUUUAGAUGUAUUUCUUGUUUUAUGUGUUUUUUCAACAAUUCCAAAUGCCAAGUUACAACAUAGUUGAUAGCUAGAGCUUCUUGUUCACAUUUUAAGUUACACUUCAUUUUUCCUGAGGGCAACAACUUCAGCAUAAAUAAAUACAUUCAUACAGAAUUCCUUCAUAUAGAAUUGAAAAAAGGCAGCAAAUUCAACAUAAAUUAAUACAUUUAUACAUAAUUCUUUGUAAAAGAAAUGAAAACAGGCAGCAAAUUCAAAAUACAUUAAAACAUAAUUCAUUAAAUAUAGAAUUGAAAAGGGCAGCAAAUUCAGCAUAGAUUAAUGAAAUUAUAUAUAGAGUUGCAAUACAGGAACCAAUUUCAGCAUAGUUUAAUUAAUUGAUAUAGACUUGCAAACUGGCAGCAUUUCAGCAUAGUUUAAUAGAUUUAUAUAGAUUUGCAAUUCAGGCACCAAUUUCAGCAAAGUUUUAUAAAUUUAUAUAGAAUCACAAAAACACUAACCAAUUUCAGCAUAGUUUAUAUAUUAUAUUGAAUUGCAAAAAUAGGCACAAAAUUCAGUAUAGUUGAAUAAAAUCUAUAUUGAAUUGCAAUACAGGCACCUAUUUCAGCACAGCUCAAAGAAAUUUAUACAGAAUUUCAAAAAAAGGCAGCAAGAAUAUUUUGAUCUCAAUUUAUAUAGGUUUGUCAUACAGAAAAAUCAUAUUUCUUCGCAAAACGUUGCAUAAAAAUUCAUACAUGUACAUAUGUAUGUAUAUACACUGGGCAUUGUUGAUCAUGCAUGGAAAUUAGAGAUGCCUGAUUUGGUAAAGUAGCUUUUUAAAUUCAGCUUCAAAAAACUGACAAACUUAUAAAACCAUUUUUUUCAUUUUAGGCAUAAGUUUAAAGCAAGAAAUGUUAAACAUAUGUUGCUCAAUGAAAACAGGUUGUUCUACAAUAAAAAAAAUCAUGCUAUUCAUCAUCAGAGCUGUUGUGAUAAAGCUACUGACUUCUAUAAUAUACAUUGAAAAAAGACCAUAUCCCAUCCAGUUAAAUUUAUAACUUUGUAUACUUCACAAGUUGAUAUAAAAUAGCCUUGUAAAAUUGAAUAUUUAACAGUUUCUUUGUUUUUAGUUGUUUUUUUUUUGUUGUUUUUUUAUAUGCCAGAAAGAAUUUCGGACAUAUUAUGUUAUACCCCCUGGCGUCCGUCCGUCCGUUAGCAAUUUGGUUUCCGGAGCAUAACUUAAGUUCCAUUUGGCCCACAAUAUUAAAACUUCAUAGGAUGAUUGUCCAUAUUGGGUAGAAGACCCCUAUUGAUUUUGGGGUCAUCAGGUCAAAUGUCAAGGUCACUAUGACCUUAAAACUGAAAACAGUUUCCGGAGCAUAACUUAAGUUCCAUUUGGCCUACCGUGUUCAAACUUCAUAGGAUGAUUGUCCAUAUUGGGUAGAAGACCCCUAUUGAUUUUGGGGUCAUAAGGUCAAGGUCACUAUGACCUUAACACUGAAAACAGUUUCCGGAGCAUAACUUAAGUUCCAUUUGGCCUACAGUGUUCAAACUUCAUAGGAUGAUUGUCCAUAUUGGGUAGAAGACCCCUAUUGAUUUUGGGGUCACAAGGUCAAAGGUCAAGGUCACUAUUACCUUAGAACUGAAAACAGUUUCCGGAGCAUAACUUAAGUUCCAUUUGGCCUACAGUGUUCAAACUUCAUAGGAUGAUUGUCCAUAUUGGGUAGAAGACACCUUUUGAUUUUGGGGUCACAAGGUCAAAGGUCAAGGUCACUAUUACCUUAGAACUGAAAACAGUUUCCGGAGCAUAACUUAAGUUCCAUUUAGCCCACAAUAUUCAAACUUCAUAGGGUGAUUGUCCAUAUUGGGUAAAAGACCCCUAUUGAUUUUGGGGUCACAAGGUCAAGAUAACUAUUACCUUAAAACAUAAAACAGUUUUCGGAACAUAACUUAAGUAUAAUUUGGCCUACUGUGUUUAAACUUCAUAGUAUAAUUGUCCAUAUUGGGUAGAAGACCCAUAAUGAUUUUGGGGUCACAAGGUCAAAGGUCAAGGUCACUUUUACCUUAGAAUUGAAAACAGUUUAUGGGGCAUAACUUAAAGUUCCAUUUGGACCACAAACUUCAAAGGAGGAUUGUUAUUUGAAGGAGGUAAUACUUUAUUUUACUCCCAUGUCUUACAAAUGCUUCAUCUUUAGUAAAAAAAAAAAAAUCACUUUCGGGCAUAUAAUGCUCCGCCUAGCGGUGCUCUUGUUUGUAUUUCACAUAUUUGAACUUUACGUUCUUGUAUACACGUAAAGAAUGUACAUGUAUUUGUUUUAUGUUUCAUAUGUUUUGAUCAAAGUAUUAAACAUUUUUUAGAUUUUUCGUUUUAGGCACAACGCUGCUAUAUUAUUAUAGGUUUAUUAUGAUAACAUUGUAAUACUUGACAUGAUAUUGUGAAUAAAUUAGUCUUUACUUUAAUAUUAAUUAUUGAGUGAAUGUAGAUUAUCAUUAGGUAUAUAACUAUAACAAUGUUUGUAUUUAGAAAUGUUAUAGAUUAUCAUUAGGUAUAUAACAAUGUUUGUAUUUUGAAAUGUUAUAGAUUAUCUCUAGGGGUGUAGCAUUUAAAUGGGUUCAGUCAGAUUUUAGCCAACAAAACCUCUUAAAAAAUUUAAUAACCUGUAAUUGAGGUUAGUAUUAGACCAUUAGCCAAAGAAGUAUAAGAAUUAUUUUAUAUAUUACCUUUGUUUAACUAUGACAAGAUCUGACUUAAUGGGGGGGUAUAGACCUGUGUUUUUUCUUGUUUUUUGUCUUGUUUUUUUGUGUGCCAUAGUAGAAAAUAAUUACUCUUUAAUACGAUGUUGUUUAAUAUUGUGAAGUACAUGUACAACAAAAUACGUACUAUAUGUCAUAUCUUGUCAUAAAGAAACAAAGUUAUUGUUAAAAAUCUUAAAGUUCUUUAAGUACAUGUAUGGUGGGUCAAAGGUUUAACACUGUUACUUGGCUCCCAUUUAAAUGGUUAACAUUUUUGCUAACCUAUACACCCCUAAUUAUCACUGUAAAUUUUGUUUUAUAUUUGAGUGAAUGUGGACUUCCAGUAAUUGUAUUAUUAUUUUGUACUUAUUACUUACAUCCAAUCAUUGUUCCAGAUUAAUACCAUGUGACUGUCCAAUAUAUUUUCUGUCAUAGGGGGACAACACAUGCUCGGAUAUAGAAAAAAAACAGCUCUUUUAUUUCACUUACAAAACCCUUUUAAAUGUGAAUUUAAGAAUAAGAAAAAAUAUUGAUUAUAUUAUUUUACAUGAAUUUUCUAUAUAUAUAUAUAGUGUUUAUAUUAUUCAGUAUUGUUUAUUAUUCAAAUAAAUGUGAAUAUUUGGUUUAUAUAAUUGUAAUACCGUAAAAUCCCAAUUUAACGCCCCUACCCUAAUAAACACCCCCCUCCCCCAGCCACUUUAAAAAACCUUGUGUAUAAUUUAAACAAAGAAAAUAAAAGAAAAUCAAGAAACUCUCUUACUAGUUUGGCGAUUUAUAGUAUAUCCAAUAUCAUUCAAUUUAUGAAAAAUAUCUGAGUGCUUUAAAGUUCACUAUAACAGAGUGUAGUCUGCACACACACUACCGAUAUAUCUUUGCACCUGGACAACUACACAGUUCUGAAAGUGGGCCUGUUGAAACAUCGUAAAUUAGGAAAGAGUAGCAUUGAUUAUGUCAGAUUGUCGGCAAUUUCGAAGGUGCCAACUGCAAGCAGGAUCGGAGGAAAAUUAGAGAGAGCUUGCGGUGUAGAUCAAAUGUAUCCUGGGUUGACAGGAUGAUGAUGUGUUUGUUGAUUUGUUUACAUUGUUUGAAGAGAGAAUUUUUUUUUUAACUCUAAACGCCCCCCCUUUUGAAAAAUGUUACGCCCCUGGGGGCGUUAAAUCGGGAUUUUACAGUAUCUAAUAGAAUAUUUUUAUAUGAUAAUAUUAUAAUGAUAUGUAAUAUUAUUAAAAUAUAAUAAAUUGAUAAUAUUUGUACUACAUAAAAUGGUGUUGUAUAUAUAUAAUACUUAUAAUAAUAUUUGUUUCAUGAGAAGCUACAUAUAAUGCUUUACCUUUGUCCCUGCCUUUCAAUUGUGCUUAGCAUAAUUUCUUUAUAUUUAUUAAUCCAGUUAAAAAAACAAUAAAACUGCUUUUUGACAAUUUUAUUUUUGUACAGUUAAAUGAUUGAAAUGCACUGAAAUCUUCUGUGUAUGUUAUGUUUUUGUCUAUACUUGCACUAUUAUACAUGUAUAUAUAUUUUAAAUUAGCAAAUGUUUUAUUAUUUUUUUUUGUGUAACAUUAUAUACAGAUUACUUUUUAAUGGCAUCAAAUGAUGUAACAAAUAUUCUUUUUAUGUUGGUAGCCUAUUUUGCUCAUUCUAAAUGGUUUGACCAAAUGCUUGUAUAAUUUGCAAAUAUUCUUUUUAUGUUGGUGCCUAUUUUGCUCAUUCUAAAUGGCUUGACCGAAUGCUUGUAUAAUUUGCUAUGUAGACUUUGAUUAAGAAGUAAUGAACAUGUACCUGAGAUCUCCAAGUAUGAUUAUAACUUGAUAAACUUUACUUCCAUUUCAGAACACCUUUAUCUUCUUGCUCCACACAUGCAUGCAACUAUUUUGUCUAAUAGAUACAUUUUUAUACCAUUACCUUAGCUGUAUAUUGUUUUCACUGACUAAUUGUUAAUGAAUUUGUAAAAAUCUUUGUUUGAAAUAUUUUUUCACUGUAUUCCUUUGUUUUGAACAACCUUGAACAUCUUUCUCAAACAGAACAUUUGUUCUCGAUCUAUAGAUGUCUAUAUUAAUGUUCUCUGUGCAUGUUUCUGUUCUUAGAUGUGCAAGUUUGAUAAUGAGAUUUUUUAUUUCUUAGAUGUAAAUGAUAACCCUGUUUUAUAACUUUGUGAUUUAUAUUUUAUCUGGAGUCCUGCAACAAUCACAUAUCAUUGAUGUGAAGUUAAAAUCUGACAUGAAUCCUAGAGUUUUUUAAUUCAUAUUCUGGUGAAAUGGCCAGUGAAAUUCUAUAUUCGAUGUCAGGUUUUAAUUUUUUACAUAAAAUGAAAUUAUUAAAAUUAACCUGUUAUUGUUGACUCACAAACAAGUAUCUGUGAUAUAUGUUAUUGUUUUAAUUUUGACUAUUUUCAUAUUUUAUUCCUAAAUGUUUGAUAAAUAUGCAUGUUGGUGACUAAUUGUAAUCCGGGAAGCUCCUGUAGUUUUAAGUGCAAGAUUGCUAGUUAUUUACCUCAGGUGUAAUUGUUAAAAUUUGUUUAUAUAAAGAACCACACAGUCUGGAUAAUAUUAGUAGGAUAUGAUAUUGUAAGGGACUCCACUGGGUUUUUUUACAUGACAGGACUAGUUGAAUUUUCCAUUUGAUGUAAGUUUACACCAAUAACUUGUUUGCAAAAUUUCAGAUCAUUCACUCUCUCCAUUUUUCCAGAAUGAUUAUUCUAAUUAAAAUUACCCAUAAUUGAAAAGUGUUGCAUCACUUUUCACUGAAAACUGGCUAAGAAUAGCAUAAAAACAAAUUUGAUUUUCAAUUUAUUUCAGAGUAUAUUAAAUUUCUUAAGUAUAUCUUGAUUCUUUAAGAGCGCUGAUCUAUGUAAGAAAUUCAAAUUUUAUGGUUUUAGGGUGGAGUUCCUUUAAGUGCCAAAGGUCUUAAACUGUGCUGUCAUGGUGCAGAGGCUAGACUUGCUAAAUACUAGCUAUUAUGGAGAUGUAUAGGUCUGUGAUUAAGUAUUGCUAGUAUAACUGAAAUAUUUAUUCUCUUACUUUGCAGUGUCCAGUACUUGGGUGUUUGACAAGUUAGGUUACAUUUGCACUCUAUUUUGAAUAAUUUUAAUCAACCAUUUAUGUAUAUCCGGUUUUAAUGUUUGCUGAGUGUUGCUAUAAUUUAUUGGUGUUAGAAUAACUUGUAUAUAUAUUGUUAAGAACUUAGUAAUUUAUAUGAUUAUCUGUUGUUAUAUAAACAAGAAUAAAUUGUGUACAUGAUUUCUAACACCCAUACAUGAAAUUAUACAUGAAGAAAUAGUGAAAACCGGUGAAAAUAUUUGUACUACUAUUUAGAAGAGUUUUAUAAUUAUUAGACAUAAAGUCAUGAGAUAUUUUUUCUAUUUGACAAUCAUUCCGGUCUUUAAGUCAUGUGAAACAAAGCAUAAUGCAAUCAUGUUAUGCAUCUUUAUAGUUAUUAACUUCAGUAUUUAUAUUUAUUAACUUUGGUAAAAUUGUUUAAUGUCAAUUUUAUUUUAAUUUUUUAGUGGUUUAUUAUUUUAACUGUUAAAAGAGAGAGAAAAAGCAAUCAUUGAAAAUGAAAGCUAAAUCAAGCUUUUUUGACUAGUAAGAAAAUCUUUCGUUUUACAUCACUGUUUUUUUUUUAGCUCCACUUUUUCAAAGAAAACUUCUGAGCUAUUGCUACUGUCAGGUUGUGGUACAAAGUGCAGUCCAGAAACUUUAACAUUGGCCUUGAUUAUUUGUUUUCAUAAUAGAUCGUCUUUAUAUUUGUACACAACAACCCUUUGGACAAAACCUAUAAGAAUACCAGACUAAACUUGAUCUUGACUCAUAAAUGACCUUGACCUUAAAUGUCAAAUGUUUGAAUUUUUCCCGAUUGCUGCUUUAAUUGCCAAUAACAUUGUUAUUUAUGAAUAGAUUGUAUUCAUACUUGAAAACAACAAUCCUUUGGACAAAUUGGCCUUCACCAAAUUUAUUCUGACUUUCACUCAUCAAUGACCUUAGCCUUGACAGUCAAAUUGAUGAAUUUUGCAUGAUUUUGCUAUCAUUGGCUAUAACUUUGUUAUUUAUGAACUACCUUUGGGACAAAAUCUCUGAAAAGAGAUCAAACCCAAUUUGACCUUGACUCAUCAAUGACCUUGACCUUAAAGGUCAAAUUAUUGUAACUUCGCAGUUUUUGGCUAUAAUUUACUAUAACUUUGUAUAUUGAAUGUAUUGUCUUCAUACUUUUGCACAACAAUGGGUUAAACUUGACUUUGUCUUGAAUUUUACCUUUUCAUUUCAGGUCAAAUCAAUUAAUUUUGCUACUUAAUUGGCCAUUACUUUGUUAUUUAUGGAUUUGACUUAUACUUGGACAAAGCUGAAAUGUUGAAUUAUUUUGAUUUGACCUUGACCUUGAACAAAAGAAAACAUGACAAAACCAAAAUGUUAAAUAAUUCUGAUAUGACUGGCCUUUGUGUGAUCUUGAUUGUUAAAUUGUCAAACCUUUGUUACAUACUUACAGGUUUGAUUCAUAAUUAGACAAAGAACACUUUUAUCAAAACAAAAAAGCAAAAGAGCACUUAUGUCAAAACUGAUAUGAUGAUUUAUUCAAAUUUGACCUUGUGAAUGACCAUGACCAUCAAUGUCACAAAUGAAAUAUGAAUUUUAUUUAUUACAAAAAAAAAUGUUUUAUCAUAAGGAAUAGUCUUUACUAUAUUAUUUUCUUCUUUUGAUGUGUUUGACAGACUUAAGAAAAAAAAGUUGAGCAUGACCCAAGCUAGGAAGUGGCUGUUGUUUAAUACUGUUAUACAAUAUUUAAUGUUUAUUUGAAGACUGUAAACUGAUAAUAAAUAUAU